AUAUAUCCAAAAGAUUUGAAAGUAAGGACUUGAAGAAAUAUUUGUACACCUAUGUUCAUAGCAGCAUUAUUCACAAAAGCCCAAAGGUGGAAGCAGCCCAAGCAUCCAUCAGUGGAAGAAUGGAUAAACAAAGUGUUAUAUCCAUACAAUAGAAUAUUAUUUAGCUUUAAAAAGGAAAUAAAUUCUGACAUGUGCUACAACAUGAAUGAACCUUGAAGACAUUAUGCUAAGUGAAAUUAGCCAGACACAAAAGGACAGAUACUGUAUGAUUCCACUUAUAUGAGAUACCUAAAACAGUCAAAUUCAUACAAACAUGAAGUAGAAUGGUGCUUGCCAGGGCCUAGGGGGAGAAGGAAAUAUUUAAUGGGGACAGAGUUUAUUUUGCAAGAUGAAAAAAAUUUCUAGAGUUGGAUGGUGAUGAUGGUUGUGCAACAAUGUGAACGUAGUUAAUGCUUCUGAACUGUGUACUUGAAAAUUGUUAAGAUGGUAAAUUUUAUGUUAUAUGUAUUUUACCACAAUUUUUUAAAAUUUAAAAACACAAUACCAAAAAAAAACACAUAUGCUGUAUGAUUCCAUUUAUUUAAAGUACAAAAUUGAAUCUGUGGUGUUAGAGGUCAGAAUAAUGGUUACCCUUGGAAGAGGAGAGAGACAUGAAGAAGCUUCAGGGGUCCUGCUUGUGUUCUACUUUUUGAUCUGGGUCUUAUAACAUGGGCUAUUUGCAGUCUGUGAAAUUCUUUGAGCUAUACAUUUGUGAUUUUUACACUUUUCUAUGUGAAUGUUAUACUUCCAAAAGAUUCCAGAAAUGUAGAUCAUGAAUGUGACACCAAACUGCGCAGAAUCAGAAGCUCAGAGCAUGGGAUCUAGGGACCCUGCAUUUAAAAAAUCUCCCUUCCAAGUUUUUCUUAAGAACAUUAGAUAUUGCAAAUCUUGCAAAGGAAGAGAAUUAGAUAAAUAUUUUUCUAAUGCCCAAAAAUUCUUCAGUUGUGCCCUAGCAAUAAAUAUUCCUUAGAGAAGAAAUUCUUGAUAUCCUUAGGUCAUUUACUUUCUUCUGCUAGGAAAAUCCAUGUCACCUGCUGAGAAAGAGAACUAAGAAUAAUUAACAGCAUAGAAAAAUCUGUAGUUUAAUAUAUUAUACUUAAAAUAUGAUUUCUUCUAAUUUGUCAGAUAUACUGUAAUUUAGGAAUAUUUUAUUGAGGCCCUCUGAAAAAUGGCAGGUGCUAGGACCUAGUGGAAUUCAGGCAACUUCAGUAGGAGGUAAAGCAUCACACCCCAGGGUGUGGUACAGUGCAGGCAGGUACAGAAAAGCCAGUUCUUCCACAUGUAAGCUACUUAGACUCCAUUUCAUCUCUCAUACCACCUCCAAGAUUUCAGCAGCUUUUAUCCUUGCUGGGUAAACCAAAAGCAUGUUUCUUGCAAAGGCUAUAUUGGAAGGAGCAAAUCAAGGUCUUGGACAAGCCCUUGGAGGCCUUCUUGGAGGAGGUGAUCAGAGAAGAGGAGGAGGGAAUAUUGGAGGGAUAGUUGGAGGAAUUGUGAACUUUAUCAGUGAAGCUGCGGCUGCUCAGUAUACCCCAGAACCACCACCUACUCAGCAACAUUUCACCAACGUGGAGGCCAAUGAAAGUGAGGAAGUUAGGAGUUUUCGGCAACAGUUUGCUCAGCUGGCUGGACCAGACAUGGAGGUGGGUGCCACUGACCUAAUGAAUAUUCUCAACAAAGUCCUUUCUAAGCACAAGGAUCUGAAGUCUGAUGGCUUUAGUCUUGACACCUGCCGGAGCAUUGUAUCUAUCAUGGACAGUGACACGACUGGGAAGCUGGGCUUUGAAGAAUUUAAGUAUCUCUGGAACAACAUCAAGAAAUGGCAGUGUGUUUACAAGCAGUAUGACAGGGACCAAUCUGGAUUUUUGGGAAGUUCUCAGCUUUGGGGGGCUCUGCAGGAAGCAGGCUUCCAACUAAAUGAGCAACUUUACCAAAUGAUUGUCCGCCGAUACGCCGAGGAGGAUGGAAGUAUGGACUUUAACAACUUCAUCAGCUGCCUGGUUCGCCUGGAUGCCAUGUUCCGUGCCUUCAAAUCCCUGGAUAGAGAUGCAGAUGGCCUGAUUCAGGUUUCUGUCCAAGAGUGGCUGCAGAUGACCAUGUAUUCCUGAAGUGGGCAUUAAGUCAGGACCCUCCCUGGAGGAUAGGACUGCUAGAAGCCUAGCCAUUCUUUCUGCAUGGUUGCAGAUACCCCAUCUGGAGCUGUCAUUUUUUGCCGAGUUCUUGCACAACAGGACCUAUUUCUGAACUUGCGUUGCCCUUUAUUGCUUAAUUAAAACAGAUUUUUCAUGAAAAAUAUUCUGAGUGGUUUGUAUGUUGGUUUUUUGAGAUUUGGAAUUUAUAUGGACCUAUAUAUUUGAUGGGGAGGCAAGCAGAGCAGGCUCUCAUGGAGUACAUUUUAAGAGUACAUUGCUUGUUUGGUGGAUUAAUUCCAAAAAGCAGGGAAUUUGUUGUUGUUACUGUUAAGAAUGAGAUUUGGAAAAAAAUCCUGGGAUAAAUCAAGAAAGCUCUCAAGAGACAUAUAUUUUUCCUUCAAAAAGGUGAGGAGGUGGGAAAUUCAAAAUCUGUCUUUCUCUUAAUUCAUGUCUGGUCUUCCCAUUACAUUAAAAAUACGCUUUCCUGGAAACAUAUUUAACUGUACAGAAACAGGCUCAGAAAUGUGAAAUUAAGCAGUUUUAUAUAAGGUAGUUUUUUUUUUAAUGGUGGAGCAGCUAUCUAAAAUCUAGAAUUCUUUAGUCUUAUUUUUUCAGUAAAAUAAACAUGUAAAAGUUUUGUUUUGAUAUAUUUAUGGAGGACAAGAGUGUUGAGGAAUGAAAGGGUAUACUCAUAGUUGAAAUGUCACUGAUUGCCUUAAUGAAUCAAAAUGAUCCCUCUUACAUGUACUUCACACACCAAAUCAGGUAUGCCCAGCUGAUGUUAGCCAGCUCUUGUCAUGUCUUGCCCUGCCUCCUAGCAAGGAAUAUUCUUUCAUUUGUUUGAAAACCGCAGACAGGGAAAAAAGUGAACAAAGAGAAAAAAAAAGAACAUAUACGCAAAUCAUAUGUGUACAUAAAUGUACACUUAUAUAAAUCAUUAUGUGUAUAUACAUGUUGCUGAGUCUUUAUUGCAGUGUUUCUCAGCCCUGACUGCAACUAGAAUCACUGGGAGAGCUCUUAAGGAAUAGUGAUAGCUGAGUCCCACUCCACACAAGUUAAAGAAAAAGGUUUAGAGGUGGGGCUCAAAGAUGAGUAUUUUUAAAGCUCCCCAGCUUUAAAUGAUUCUGAUGAGCAACCAAGGUUGUCUGACAGUGCUUUAAGGUUAGGCUGUUUUACUGUAUUUUUCAUAGCAGCCUCAGUUGAAAACUGAGGCCCCGCAGAAGUCAGUGUUGCCAGUGUCCAAAAGAAUGAAGAUAGGAGUAUGGAGAAACUGCCACCCAAAAAGCGGAGGCCUUCCUUGUGAAUGCCCGUUGGUUUGGCUUUUUCUUUUUUCAAAUAUUUAUUUGGCUAUGCCGGGUCUUAGUUGUGGCACACGGGAUCUUCAUUGCAGCAUGUGUCUAGUUCUCUGAGCAGGGAUCGAACCCGAGCACCCUGCAUUGGGAGCAUGGAGCCUUAACAUCUGGACCACCAGGGAAGUCCCUGGCUUUCUUCAUUUUGAUUCAGGUGUUGAUAGCAGGAUAAACCAGAAUCUGGAAUCCCCUGGCCAGUGGACUCAGCUAGAGAGGGCUCAUUUGCAAGUGCUCUGUUCAUCUACCUGCUAUAUAAUUGAUUUCUACCCCUCCUGUUUCGCUGGUUUUUAAUUCAUUCCCUAUCUCCUACUGUACUUUGGAAGAUCAUCCUAAAUUCAAAGAUAAAUCCUUCCUUUCUGACUCAUUUGGAGGAAAAUUGUAACUCUUAAAAUGAUGUAAUUGGCCUAUUAACAGACUCAGCUGCCUGUUAGAAAUCCCCAUUGAAAUUGAGAGAGGUUGGCAUUUGGCCUCUGUGUACACCAUCAUCACCGUCAUAUAAUAUUUAUUGAAUACCACAUAUGUGUGAUUCUGAGUUGAGCCAAGCACAGAGAUCAUGUCCACUUUCCUCAAGAGAGUUGUAAUUUAAGCUUGGUCUGGGGAGCUACUUAAACCAGGUGUGGUUAUAUAAGAGUGAGGCUGCUGCCAGAAACCACACAUUAAUAUCAGGAUCCCUAUUUUAGAAUAAAGCCACUAAUAUGUUAGGCAUGGAUGUAGUAAUGUAGCCAGGAAAGGGGAGAGCUGCCAAGGUGCCUUUUAAGGUCUAAGAAUAUUAAGUUUAUAAUUUAACCUUUCCACGUGAUGGCUGGGGAAAAGAAAAUGUAGGCCCACUUUUCUCCCCUCACUUCGUUCUAAAUGUUUUAUGAAAGUUAAGACAAUUAUCUCACACUAGGAGUGGCACUGAGUAUUUCUCUUCCUCUUCAUGUUAAAGGAUUACUACUUUUAUGAUUCUCUUUCUGCAUUCCAGGGCAAAACAUUCUGAUAUUACUCAAGUUUCUCUUUUAUUCUCUUAUGAAUUUGUAUAAAACUUGUAUAGAUGACCCAAGGCACUAGAGUUGACCCCAGAAAAUUUAGUUCAAAGUCUGGAUUUUUCUAAGUAACCCAACCUUUGGCAUUGUGUCAAACCAAUAUCUUAAGAAGUGAUUGGAUUUCUUAGUUUCCAUUCAAUUUUUUUUUAAGUUGAUGUUUUAAAGGCAGAUUUUCAAUAUAAAAGGAAGAGUUUACCUAAUACUUUUAAAAAAAUUUUGCCUUUCCUACUUGGAAAACUACUGAUAGCCUAAGAUGAAGGACUUUGAUUUAUAUAACUCUAUAAUUUAAAAAUUUUUAAGAGCAAUGCAAUCAAUGUAGUAAGGAGAAAAUAAUAAUGAUUUGUUUAAAUGUGACAUUAUACAUUUACACUUUUAAAUUGCAAAGUAUCCCAUAUGAUUUUGGAAUACACUUAAUCUUGAUACAAUCCACUGAAUUCGAUAACCUGUAGUAGCAGGAAAAAGAACUGUGUGUUCUGUACCUAAACACAGCAAAUGUUCAAAAACAUUCAAAAUUUGUAUAUCAUCUCAAAGUUCACUUUAAAAAUAUUUUUUGAGUAAUAGUGCAUGUGUUUUUUAAAGUUGACUUAUGGGACUUCCCUGGUGGUCCAGUGGCUAAGACUCCAAGCUCCCAGUGCAAGGGGCCCGGGUUCUAUCCUUGGUCAGGAAACUAGUCAGAGCUGAGUUCAAAUGCGGCAAGUAAGACCUGACGCAGCCAAAUAAAUAAAUUAAAAAAAAAAAAAAAAAA